AUGACUGAGAGCGCGUUCCUCGUCCGCGAGAUUGAAUGCGUCGUAACCGCGCCUUAUGCGCCCUCGUUGCAGGGCCUCAACGACCUUGCUCAGCGGGUUACCACCUCUACGAUUGACUCAUGGGCGCUUCAGAAACCCUGUCAAGUCGACCUUUUGGCCGAUGCCUUCGUUGAAGGAUUAUCGCGAUCGCGAGUGGCUCUUCCUCUAUUAUCUGUGUUUGCUCACACAACGGUCUUUCGAGAUGCCCUGCUGCAACGCCAUCCGGUCAUUUUGGAUACAUUUCUCCAAAAGGCAGUGGAUGCCGAAGAAUCCGAAUAUGACCCAGCAUGUAUUGCUCUGCUAUCGUCGCCACUUCCACCCGGUGUGGUAGCACCUGCUCGACUGGCCAGCUUCAUCACGAAGCUAGUCCAUGUAAUGGCAGGGAAGCCAUGCACAGAGACAUUGGCGCCCCUACACAGCCUGAUGAAUUCACUGCAAACGUCGCCGCGAAUCCUGGAUGAAGUCCCCUCCGAAGUAAUGUCCAACCUGCAGUCUGAAUUUACCAAGACAUUACGCAACCUCGACGACCACAUGGGCAACCUACUAUGUCUAGCCACAUUUGCACGAAUCGCAUCGAACCAAAAAAGCCAUGGCCACAAUCAACACGGAUCGGAGCCCCCAUCUUGGCUUCUUAACAUUAAACAUUUCUUUGGCGCCAAGCGAGGCCUAAAGACCUUAGAUUUGGUUGUUUUGCGUGUCAUCCUUGCCUGUUCCUCCAAUUGCAACCUGGCCCCAUCCCAGAUCGCUGAGAGCAUUGGCCUCGCAAUCUGUGUGUUAGAUGCGGUUGAGCUAGAGCAGAAGUAUGCUUGGGUAUCGAGCAACUCAUCUAAGAUUGCCAAGCUAUGUGAAAAGGUGGCCAGGGACGGCCUCGACCGGGAAACCCAGGUGAUGGGAAUGACGUUCUUGCUUUCUCUCCGUCCAGUGGCUGCACUCCCUUCUCAAAUCCGAGACCUCGGACUCCGUAUGCUUGUUUCUAGUGAUAGCCGUGGAGCGCUUGGGAAUAUGCCACGUUAUUUAGUAUCACGACUCACAGCGUCAUUGGCAAACUGCGAUGAGUCGAUCGUCUACGAAGUCCUUCGCUUCACUGUGGAUGCCUUGAAGGAUGACAGCCCAAAUCGAGGCUCUUUGUCGAGCUUGCAUACGGCCGCUUUGCUUCUUUCGGGAUUACAGUCAACUGAAUCCAAGCCAGUCGUAUCUUCACUUCUUAACUCGGUGUCCACGAAAGAAGCCAUUGCCAGUCUUUUCAGAAUAUACCCCGUCACUCAGAGUCAAGACGAGUGCCGCGGCUCCGAAGUAUGCUAUUGUGCUUACGCGGCUUUGAAGAACAAGAUUCUACUCAACCUAUUCGAAAUCUACUUUGCUGCUUCAUUGUCGAACAAUGGAAAUGCUACAGAUGUUAUGCUGAUGAAGUCUUUUGUCGAUCGCUCAGCAAGGUCUUUUGCCGACAAGAGCUGCUCGUUCUCGACAGCAAACUCGAGAGAUUUCCGAGGUUCAAUUUUCCUGCGCAGCACGCAAGAUUUUUCGUCCGCCGGACCUCCGACUAGGGAUUGGCGCUCUGGCGUCGCAGAAACCUUCAUGCAGAACGCCCAAGUCUCUCAUGAUAACAUGAUGAAGAAAAUCGGAGACAUCUGCUUUGAUCUGGAGCGUCGCUGCUACGAAGUUGAAGGUCCCUUACGCUCAGUGGAACAAGAACGAGAUUGUCAUAUCGCCGAAAAUCAAAAACUGAAGCAACAAAGUGAAGAGUUGCAGAAGCAACUAAACCAAUCCUCCCACGCUGUCGCUUGCCUACAGCACGAUCUCUCACGCAUGGGAGAGAAUGCCGAAAGUGCCUCAUGCCGAGUACAAGAGUUGACUGCAUCGAUUGGGUCUUUGAAUCAGGAACUUGAAGACCAGCGGCGCAAUUUUGAAAAUACACUUCAUAUGGAACGAGAAACCGCUCGAUCUAAAGAGCUUGAUUUUAUUGCCACAACUACGGAAAAAGAUGAUCAAUUCGAAGAGCUACAAGCGAAGACUCGUCGACUUCAAACUGAAAAUGAAGAGAUGCGACAAACCCUGGAUACUGCUUCAAAAGAGAUUACCACGUCAUCUAAAACGAGUGCGUCAUUGCAAAAUGAGCUUGAUGAGUUCAAAUCUCUCCUAGCGGAAAAUAAGAUCUUUUGCGGCCAGAAAAAGGAUGAAGUAAAGCAUCUACUGACAGACAAUGAAUAUUUGCGGAUGGAAAUUGGGACUAUGAAAGCAACGGUGGAGGAGCAAACUGCCGAAGCUGAAAAGCUGUACUCAGUAUUACGAGAGACUGAGGCAAAGCUCCAAUCGGAGACGGAAAAUUUGACGCGCAAACAUGGAGUUGAGAUUUCUCAGGUGGAAUCAGAGAUCGCCAAGCUCAAAAUCGAAAACUCUCGUUUGCAGGCCAAGAUGCUUGCUGCCGUGCACGAUACAUCUAAAACUGUCCAAGCCAAGGAUACGCACAUACACCAGUUGGAAAUAAAGAUUCAAUCGCUGCGCAAUGAGCGUGCCACCAAGGCCCGCGAAUUCUCUGAAGCACAGCAACAUAUUGGUCGCCUCAUGGGUGUCAUGGGUUUCACCGCGCCAACGACUGAGCCUCCAAUCGCGAAUAAAUAUCACCACACCAGAACUACCGACGCAGCUCAUUCCAUCACUAGACGCCAGUCAGAAGUUUAUGACGAUGAGGCUACACAACUCGCAGAAUCAUUUGACUCGCUUGCUUCCAACUUACAAGGACCCAGCCCUAAGCGACCAAAAGGUAACCGACGAUCAACGAUUCUGCCACAAGCACCACCCAAGGCUCCUGCGGCAGCCCCUAGGUCCAUUUCGCCUUCCACAGCCAAAUCCUCGAGCCGUCAUCCGCUUGCAGAAACUGACUUCAAUACCCCGGCCAAGUCACCACGGGAGUCUCUCAAGCACACCCAGUCAGAUGGAAACCAUCUACAGGACUUUGAUCUGGAUAUGGAUUUAGAAUUCUCCAAAAACUUCAUCUUUACCAGUACAGCAUUUUCUGGCUCGAACGACCGGGCACCCCCGCAAUAA